CGUGUUCUCAUCAGAUAACGGGACAGGCUGAGGAGACUGGAGCUGGGGUCAGUCUGUGAAAACUACCGCAACUCACAACAACAAUAAAACCACGUUUAAACCCCGUUAGAAGAAGAUGCGACUCGGGGGGGCGGCGAUCUGAGUUACCGGGAGAACUCGUGUUCCUACGGUGGGUGGAGGACGUCAGGGAUGUGACGGUGGAGUGAGCGUAAAGUCCGUUUAACGCGCUUUUAAAAGUCCGGAUUCGCAAUAAGACAGAAGCGCUCUCGUUAGGUUUAGGGGUUUCUUGUUUUAUUCCACAAUGCAAAGCGACAAACCGGAGUCGAGCGAACCCAAGGGCGCCGAGUGCCCGAGCGACACCGAGGAGAAGGCGGCGACCACGGUUGCCACGCUCGACGCUCCGGCUUCGAAGGGGAUCAGCGCCGUCGCGGUUCUCUGGACCUUCGGGAAAUGUCUCGGGGCCCUGCUGCCCGUCUACCUGGCCGGGUACUACCGGGUCAGCACCAGCCUGCUGGUGUUCGGCAUGAUGGUCUACACCGGGUGGAAGCACGCCCGGGAGGCCAAGGAGGCGCGCCUGAAGUGCGCCAUCCAGCUGCAGGACCACGAGCAGGAGUACACGUCCAUGAAAGUGUCGAGGAUCAAGAGGGACCUCCCUGCGUGGGUCAACUUCCCAGACGUUGAGAAGGUUGAGUGGCUGAAUAAGGUGCUGCAGCAGGUGUGGCCUUUCGUCGGCCAGUACCUGGAGAAGCUGCUGGUGGAAACCAUCGCUCCAUCCAUCCGAGCUUCAAGCUCCCACCUCCAGACCCUCAGCUUCACAAAAGUGGACAUGGGAGACAAGGCCAUGAAGGUUGUAGGGAUCAAGGCGCACACAGAGAACGACAAGGGACAAGUCCUGCUAGAUCUGUAUAUCAGCUAUGUUGGUAAUGUGGAGAUCAAUGUUGAGGUGAAAAGAUACUUCUGCAAUGCUGGAGUCAAAGGAAUACAGCUUAGUGGGAUGAUGAGGGUGAUUCUGGAGCCGCUGAUUGGAGAUGUGCCCAUAGUGGGCGCCGUCACCAUGUUUUUCAUCCGCAGGCCCAAACUGGACAUUAAUUGGACGGGAAUGACUAAUCUGUUGGACGUCCCUGGACUGAAUGUCAUGUCAGACAGCAUGAUUAUGGAUGCCAUUGCCUCCUUCUUGGUUUUGCCAAACCGCCUGGUUGUCCCCCUGGUUCCUGGCCUGCAUGUGGCCCAACUACGCUCUCCCCUGCCAAGGGGUGUGGUACGCAUCCACCUAGUGGAGGCACAGAAACUAGCAGCAAAGGACAACUACGUGAAAGGGGUCAUGGCCGGCUUGUCUGACCCUUACGCCAUAUUGAGGGUCGGCCCUCAGACCUUUACAUCCCAUCACGUUGACAACACAGACUCUCCCAAGUGGGGGGAAAUGUAUGAGGUUAUUGUCCAUGAAGUGCCUGGUCAAGAGUUGGAGGUGGAGGUAUAUGACAAAGACCCAGACCAGGAUGAUUUCCUGGGCAGGGCCAAACUGGAUUUGGGGAUUGUGAAGAAAUCCAUAUUUGUCGAUGAUUGGUUCACUCUGAAGGACACUCCUUCAGGACGGGUUCAUUUCCGAUUGGAGUGGUUGACCUUGUUGCCCAGCAGCGAACGACUAGAGCAGAUCCUAAAGAGAAACGAGAGUGUGACUAGUAAGACUGCCGAUCCACCGUCUUCUGCCAUCUUGGUUGUGUAUCUGGACAAGGCUGAGGCACUUCCUAUGAAGAAGGGAAAUAAAGAGCCCAAUCCCAUGGUGCAGUUGUCUGUGGAGGAUGUCACGAGAGAGAGCAAGACUUGUUACACAACUGUUAAUCCAGAUUGGGAGGAAGCGUUUACCUUCUUCAUCCACAAUCCACUCAAACAGGACAUAGACAUUCAGGUGAAGGACGCCGACCGUGUACAGACCUUGGGGAGUCUGACUAUCCCUUUGUCCCGUUUGCUGUCCAACGCCAAUCUUUCUCUGGACCAGUGGUUCCAGUUGGACAAUUCUGGAUCAGCCAGUCGCAUCUAUAUCAAUACAGUUCUCAGGGUCCUGUGGUUAGAUGAGGAACGUAUUGGAGCAGAUGUGUCAUCUGAUCUGGCAGCUGGACUUUCCAAACAGCUGCCACAACAUAGCUCCCCUCAUCCGAGCUUUGCCACUGAGGGAGUGCUCAGGAUUCACCUGUUGGCAGGUCAGAAUCUUGUUCCGAAAGACAACCUGAUGGGAGGAAUGGUGAAAGGGAAAAGUGAUCCUUACGUCAAGAUCAAUGUUGGGGGCGAAACAUUCACGAGUCAUGUUAUCAAGGGCAACCUUAACCCCACAUGGAAUGAGAUGUACGAGGUGAUUCUAACACAACUGCCAGGCCAGGACCUGCUUGUGGAAAUGUUUGAUAAAGACAUGGACAUGAAGGACGACUUCAUGGGAAGGUUGAAGAUUAGUCUGAAGGACAUCAUUGAUUCCCAGUACACUGAUCAGUGGUACACUCUCAGUGAUGUGAAAUCUGGUCGACUUCACCUGGUGCUGGAAUGGGUGCCAACAUCCUCAGAGUCCGACAGGUUGGACCAGGUUCUUCAGUUCCGUUCCAGACAGUCCUACCAGAACAAAGCCGUUCCCUCGGCAGGCCUUCUGUUUGUGUAUAUCGAGCAAGCAGAUGGUUUACCGGUGAAGAAGAGCGGAAAAGAUCCUAAAGUGGGAGCAGACCUGACUCUUGGACAAAUGUCUCGCAAAACGACAGUAUGUGAGCGCAGCACAUCCCCGCAGUGGAAUGAGGCAUUCUGUUACCUGGUUCCAGAUCCCAGAAAAGAUGUUCUUGUAAUCAAGUUCUCUCACAGCUGGAACCUGCCCAUUGGUUCCCUGGUGGUUCCUAUUAAAGAGCUGCUCUCUGAACCAGAGCUGGUCCUGGACCAGUGGUUCAAUCUGGAUGGAGCCUCACCAGAGAGUCGGGUUCUUCUAAGGGCUGAACUUAAGAUGCUGAUUCCCACCAAAUGUCCUGGUGCCACUGAUAAAGCCAAGUUCACUUCGGCCUCAGACCCCUCCCCUGCUCAGCGAAAACCUGAGAUAGAGACAGUGCUGAGGUCCAGUUCAGUGGACACUCCUCCUGUGGAGACCAUUGUCUCUUCAGUCACUUCACACGAAGACGUUGACGUAAAGGAAACAGCAGCUGAGGUGAUCGAAGAGAAGGUGGAAGAACCAUCGAGACCUGCCAUGGCACAACCUCCCCACACUUCUCCAGACCUCAGCUUUGCCAGUGAGGGGCUGCUGAGAAUCAUCCUGCUGGAGGCCCAGAGUCUGGUUUCCAAAGACAGUAUGAUGGGCGGUAUGGUAAAGGGCAAGAGUGACCCCUAUGCAAAGAUCAGUGUUGGAGACGCCGCGUUUAAGAGUAACGUGAUCAAGGAGAAUCUCAACCCAGUCUGGAGUGAAAUGUAUGAGGUGGUGCUGAGGCCCCAGUCUGGACAGGAGGUGCAAGUGGAACUAUACGACAAAGACAUGGACAAAGAUGACUUCCUGGGCAGAUUCAAAAUCAGUGUCGCAGACAUCAUCCGUUCCCAGUACAUAGACCAGUGGUACAUGCUGAGUGACGUGAAGUCUGGACGGGUUCGCCUCAUAUUGGAGUGGGUUGCAGCAGUGUCCUCUAAUAACAACCUGGAGCAAAUGAUGCAGCUCCAGUCUCUCCAGUCUUACCAGAACAAGGCUGUUUCCUCUGCAGCUCUGCUCUUUGUCUAUGUGGACAGAGCACACUCAUUGCCUUUCAAGAAAAGUGGAAAGGAGCCCAAGGCUGGGGCCGAGCUUGUAUUUGGAAACACAACCUACAAAACCAAGGUUUGUGAUCGCUCCUCAUCUCCUCAGUGGAGUGAGGCAUUCUACUUUUUGGUGCGGGACCCUGAAAAGGAGAUGCUCAUAGUGAAGUUGUCAAGUGCGUGGGACCAGCCAAUGGGAUCUCUGGUUGUUACUGUCAGAGAGCUGCUCACCAAGCCACAGCUGGUCCUGGACCAGUGGAUGCAUCUGGAUGGAGCUUUACCUGAAAGUGAGAUUCUACUUAGGGCUGAACUCAAGAUCCUGAACUCAAGGAUGACUGAGGUUCCACAGCCCUCUGUGACUAGUUCAGAGAAAGAAAAGAUGGCCACCGGCUCUGACAAGGCAUUCAGAGCAGCAAGGGAAGAGGAAGAAAUCCCAGAGCGUCCAACACAUGAGUCUGUUGCUGUAUCCAAACAGCCCAAACAACCCGAGGCAGCAGAAACACGUGCUGCUGCGGCUCCUGUUGAACCAGCUGCCGUUUACACUGCACCUGAAACAUUCCCUUCUGCUGCUGCUCUGGAGAGAGAACCAACAGAUUGGGAGGAGCGUCCCUCACAAUCAGACACAUCACUGAAAGGAGACUUUGAACCACAGCAAACAAAGGGUGCUGGUCCAGACAGCCUUGCUUUCGCCACGGUGACUGGUCUUCCUGCUGAAACCCUGGGUCCAGCAGAGCUUAAAGAAACUCUUCCAGCGCACACCAGCCCCAGCAAGGACUUUGGGGAGGAGGGGGUGCUGAGGAUUCACCUGCUGGAGGCCCAGAAGCUGGUGGCAAAGGACAACAUGAUGGGGGGCAUGGUGAAGGGCAAGAGUGACCCCUACGUCAAAAUCAACAUAGGUGGCGUAAGCUUUAAGAGUCACGUUAUAAAAGAGAAUCUUAACCCAACGUGGAAUGAAAUGUAUGAGACGGUGGUGAGCAGGAACAGCGUCCAGGAGAUCAAGUUUGAAGCGUUUGAUAAAGAUCUAGAUUCUGAUGACUUCCUGGGCAGAUUUAGUAUAAAGCUGAACGAGGUCAUCAGAUCGCAGUACACUGAUCAGUGGUACACGCUGAACGAUGUGAAGUCUGGGCGGGUUCACCUGAUACUGGAGUGGGUUCCUACAGUUUCACAUUCAGUCACACUUGACCAGGUCCUGCAGCUUCAAACUCUCCAGUCUUUUCAGAACAAAGCUGUGCCCUCUGCUGCUCUGCUCUUUGUCCACAUGGAGAGAGCACAAUCAUUACCUUUGAAGAAAAGUGGAAAGGAGCCCAAAGCGGGUGCUGAGCUCGUUCUGGGUGAAACAACGUACAAAACCAAACUGUGUGACCGCAGCACCAGUCCUGAGUGGAGCGAGUCUUUCUACUUCCUGGUCCGUGACCCUAAACAUCAGAUGCUCGUUGUAAAGCUGUCCAGUGGCUGGGACCAGCCAAUGGGAUCGCUGGUUGUUACCAUGAAGGAGCUUCUUGCAGAGCCACAUCUGGUCCUGGACCAGUGGCUCCAUCUGGAUGGAGCCGCACCUGAGAGUCAAAUCCUUCUGAGGGCUGAACUCAAGAUUCUGGAUUCCAAGAUGGGGGAUAUGAUCAGUGCAGGGACUCUGCCCUGUGCCGCCUCGGGCUCUGGAGUUGGGCAGGUGAAGUUGUCGCUGUCGUACUCCUCACAGGACAGGAAGCUCAUCGUUGUCGUCCAUGCUUGCAGAGGUCUGACGCCUCAGACGAAGGAUGGUGUCGACAGCUACGUCUCCCUCAUGCUGCUGCCAGACAAAAGCAAGGCCACCAAGAGGAAGACAGCAGUGAAGAAAAGAGACGUGCAACCAGAAUACAAGGAGAGGUUUGAGUAUGAUCUGCCGAUGGAUGAGACGAGAUUCAGGUGCCUCAGUGUGUCAGUGAAAAAUAACUCGGCCUCGUUCAGGAGCCGUGAUGUGAUUGGACAGGUGCAGAUCGAGUUGGCUGAAGUUGACCUGAUUCCUGGCGUCACAGAAUGGUUCACUCUGAAAGAUGACGCUGAAUAGUCGCCCCGCUUGCUGAUGACGUACGAUGAUGACGAUGAUGUCAUCACUCAACUUGGCAUUGUGCCAGUGCUGCAACUCACACUGAUGCCUUCUCCUUCACACCUCUCUGCAUACAGCGCCACCGUGUUAGCCUUACGUGCAUCCACCCAGCUCUUUGUGUAUCAACAUGCUGUAUAAUAUACAAGUGGAGUGCACUGCAUAUUCACAUACAUCAAUACUCUCACCAAAGAUACGUCUUCACACACAUCGAUACAAAGAUAAUCGGCUGAAGUAGCGGAGAUGAGGUUAAAGUGCAUGUUUUUUUGGAAUGAAGGUUACUUGACUAUAUGAAGAAUUAAUAGUUUGAAAGAUUGAGUGGAGCAGAGGGAAGAUGUAAAGGGACAGAAAGAAUUGAGUCAUGUUUUUGUUUUUGCUAUUUUUAUUGCUGCAAGAAUGUGUGAGUAUCUUAGUAGAAGAGCAGUACCAUUUUUAGAGCUUUGUUAUGUGUUGCACAUGGAUGCUACUGCUUUUUCAGUAUUUGAAACGACAGGUUUACAUCGGGUUUAAUAUAUAUUUUUCGAUGCUUUGCUACAUUUGUGCUUGAAUUUGCUUUUGAAAGCAAUUGUGUGUGUUUUUCUUUUCUACAAGACAUCUGUUACAUUGCACCUGUGUUACAAUCAAAUUGUGCUGUAUUUGAUUUUAUGUAUAUUUGCUAAGAUCAUGGAUCAGAUACUGUGUGUUGAAAGAUGAAAAAUAAACAGAUUUUGCACAUCUCCA